ACGUCGGGGGCUGCUUUUUCGGCCCAGCCCCAGUCCCAGUCCCGGGCAGGUGGGCACAGGCGCCCGCCCCGCCGAGCUGCUGACCCCCUGCGGCGCGUCUCCCCGCAGCUGCCGGCCCGGCGGGGGCCCGCGACGGCGCGAGGCCCGGGAACUUCGUGGUCUGAUGGAUUCUGAUAGAAGCCCAGCUGCUUUGGAAAGGUUGACUCACAAAUACAAGCGUCUCUCGCCAAGGCUCCCCUCUUGGAAGCUGGCUUUCUGGACUUCACCUUCACUUUCCAUUGGCAGCCCCCCACUCCUGGAUGCUCCCGGAUUCCAGUGAAGUGAAAAGUUCAUCAUAACCGGCCCCCCAGCCAUGGCAGGCCUGAGGCACGGCCGACCCGCCUGCAUCCGGGCAGCGUUCAGCUCGGCCAGCGCCGGGGCUGGCUUCCGGAAGAGGCAGAGAACCACACUCCAUUGCUUCAAGGCCAAUCACAAAAAGAACCACAUGGACUUAAUUGAAGGUAUCUGGAGAGAGUUUUUAGAUCCUUUCGAUGGCGAUUCAGAAGCUCCCCCCGGUCGUCCAGUCUCCAGCUUCAGCGACUGUUCUCCUCCGGGUGCCGCGAACGGUACUGUGCCUUCCCACGCCCUCAGGUGCGGGAGUCCGGGAGAAGUUGGCUUAGAAGACCCUCUGUCAUCAAAAGCCCCAGACCCCCUCCUGAAAGCUGCCAGCUGGGGCCCCACAUCCCCAGAGGCCAGCGACGUGGAUAUGCAGCCCGCCGAGGCCAGCAGCCCUGAGGCCCGAGGGCGGGCAGCCCGGCGCUCUGGGUCGCCGGAGGACUGGAGGAUGACGGAGGACCGGUGGCCCAGGGCAGCCGGCCCCGUCGUCCCGGCCGCGGGGCCCCCGGAGCCUGGCAGACACGCGCAGGGCCGAGCCAGAGCGGCACGGCCGCCCGCCAGACUCGGGAGUGAGAAGGACAAGGGCCCCAAGCGCACCCUCUCCAAGAGGAAACUGGAACUUUUACUUGCAGAGCCUGAGAAAAACAAGAGAAAGAAGCAGUAUGUGGCCUAGACCAAGGCAUGAACUGAGCACAAGUCUGGUGCCAGCGCUGGGUGACCGCUGCCCACUCGCCCCACGACCGUGCUGUUCCCAAGUGCCAAUAAAGGGGAAGCCUGCCAGAGGA